CGGCGCAAUUAUUUGAAUUGUAAAAUGGAGUCUCUGAAACGAGUGAUUUUCAGCCUUUUAUUCCUGCCACUUCUCCCCGUCUGCAGAGCGGAGGAUACAGUCCAGGUGGUUUGCCAGUCAGAACCAGUUGUAGCCAUUGUAGGUGAUGAUGUCAUCCUCCCUUGUUCUCUGAGAACCACCAUCAGAACCGUCAGCGCUGUUGAUGAAUCAGUGGAGUGGCAGAGACCUGACCUCAAACCUAAAGAGGUGCAUUUCUACCGCAACCGUGUUGACUACAAUGAUGACCAGAACAACAACUACAGAGGAAGGACGUCGCUGUUCAAAGAAGAAAUUAAGAACGGGAACAUUUCCUUAAAACUGACCGGAGUGAAACUCUCUGAUUCUGGAAACUACACCUGCUUUGUUCCAACACUAAAAAGUCCUUUUCAGAAAGACUCCGUUAAAGUUAUUGUUGCUGCAACUUCUUCUCCAGAGAUCUCUAUUGUGGGAGUUGAUGACAUGGGAGUCAUCCUAAAGUGUGAGGCUGGAGGGUUGAUCUACAGACCUGAGAUGACCUGGCUGGACAGUGAUGGAAACAUCCUCCCUGAUGGAUCUACAGAGACAGAGACAGACUCAGAGGGUCACUACACUGUGAGAGGACAUGUGACCAUCCAGAAGACUGAUAACAACAUGUUCACCUGUAAAGUUAUACAGCAUCAGAUCAACCACAAGAUGGAGACAGAGAUUCAUGUCCCAGAUCGAAUGUUUCCUGAGCCAUGCCAGUCCUGGUGGAGGGCCUGGGGGUUUGGGGGUCUGACCUGGGGUCUGUUUGUAUUGAUUGUUGUAGUUGUAGUUCUCUACAUCCUGAAGAGUAAAGGUCUACUGCACUGGGGAAGAGGAGGAUUAAAAAACGAUCCACAAAUAAACAGGACGUCUCUGCAGAAUAAGAUUCCACUGUUGAAUGGGAAUGCACUGUCCAAUGGGAAUCUGCAAAACGGAUUCUUGCCCAAUGAUGUUGAGGGUGGUGUCUAGGACAUGGAUGCCAGCAGCUCUUCGGUUUUCCUGCUGGACCUGGAAUUCUCUAAUUGGACAUUGAUGCCUGGACCUGACUGAGGGAAAUGAGCAGGGGUGCUGAUAAUGGUUUAUCACAUGGUGGAACAGUUAUUGACUGGGGACAUGUCAUCCAUAAUGACGCAUGUCAUCCAUAAUGACGCAUGUCAACCUCCACUACAGACUACCUGAGUCUCAUUGGGGGGGCUGCGGGGGCGGGGGGGGUGUAAACUUUUAUUUUGUAAACUUUUGACACGUCUCUCAAUUUGCAAAUACUGCUAAUUAUGCCCAGCUAUGUUUUUGUAUCUGUACUUACUCCUUUAAGAGUUCCGAUUGAUGGAAUUACCAUCAUGACAGCAGCUCUACUUGAUGUAUAGACCCUCCUCCAUCCUGUGUUGAUGCUGAGUGAUUCUGUGUGAUGUACAGCAGCUCUACUUGAAGUAUAGACCCUCCUCCAGCCUGUGUUGAUGCUGUGUGAUUCUGUGUGAUGUACAGCAGCUCUACUAGAUGUAUAGACCCUCCUCCAGCCUGUGUUGAUGCUGUGUGAUUCUGUGUGAUGUACAGCAGCUCUACUAGAUGUAUAGACCCUC